GGUAUGUGAUAAAGCAUGGCAAGGCCCUCUCUCCAUGUCUAUGUUUAGCGCGGGCGGCAUAUUUGGAGCAUUAUUAUUCGGAUGGAUCGGGGACAGGUUCGGCAGAAGACCCGGGUUCUUUUCCACGUGGGCUGUCAUGCUCGUCUUCGGAGUGGCAACGGCGUUCGCUCCUGAAAUAAUUUCGUUCACCGUUUUCCGAACGUUUGUGGGGGCAACCGUUCCUGUGAUAUACCAAGCUCCGUUUGUGCUUUCACUGGAACUAGCAGCUGCAGACAAGCAUUCACUCGUCUCGAGUAUGAUCUGGAUGACAUUUGUCUUCGGUGCCAUGGCCUUACCUCUCAUCGCCUGGUUAUCCCUCAACUGGCGCCACAUCGCUCUCAUUACUGCAGCGCCUCUCGCGGUGUUCGGCGUCUUUUAUUGGAUCAUGCCGGAAUCACCGCGCUGGCUCCUCACUCACGGGCAGAAGCAGCAAGCUGAUAAAAUCAUACGAAGGAUUGCUAAAGUCAACAAACGAAACGUCUCAGACGAGAUGAUCGCAAGAGUCAAAAUACCGGCUGACCACACGUCGCCCAGUGAACAGGGAAACUUAUUGACCGUGCUAAAGUUCCGAUAUCUAAUGAAGAAAUUUGUGGUAAUCCUAGUAGUUUGGGUUACAAACGCGAUGGUGUACAUAGGCCAGACCUAUGCUGCAGGCACGUCGGGCGUCAUAGGGGAAAAUCCAUACCUGGUUUUCUUCUUUUCCGCUGCGGUUGAAGGGAUGGGAUAUUUCGCAUCUUGGCCUAUCAUGCAGUUACUGGGCAGACGAUGGGCGGUCUUCAUCAACAUGAGUGUAUGUGCAGCAGCAAGCUUUUUGAUAACGGCGGUUCCAGCUGGUGUUCAGUGGCUGUCGAUAACUAUUGCAAUGAUAGCGAAAUUCACGAUUACGGCAUCGUUUACGGUUAUCUACGUCUUCGGCGCCGAACUCUUCCCCACGAGCCUCCGCAGCGUCUCCAUAGGAACCUGCGGCUUCUUCUCUAACGCCGGAGUGAUGCUGGCGCCUCAGAUCAUGACGCUGGCUAAAUACAGCAAUACUAUACCGAUGUUGAUUUUCGGAGGUCUGGCAGCCUUGGGAGCCGCACUGUGUCUCUACUUACCAGAAACUCUCAAUGAGCCUCUCCCGGAAACUGCCGAAGAAGCAAACCGCUUCGGGCGGGACAAUAAAUAUUGUUCGUGUUACGUCAGGAGGCAGCAUGCUCCCGUUGUCAACCGCGAUGUGGAAAUGGAGAGUCCAUUUGCCUGCGAGUCCGCAUAGCGACUAACGAGAACAUGACGUGACCUAGGAAGCAGAUACCAGUAGCAGAUGUGUGCGCGCGUGUGUGUGUGUGUGUGUGUGUGUGUGUGUGUGUGUGUGUGUGCGUGCGUGCGUGCGUGUGCGUGCUGGUGCUGUGCGUGCUUGCAUGUGUGCGCGCGUGUUCAUCUGUAAUAUUACGUGCUGAUUAUAGCAUAUUUGUAGAUAAACUGUACAUUAUAUUAGGAGUGAUGUUUCUGAUGUGACGUUGACGCUUCACUACCUUAUAAUCAAUAUAAUCAUAGGAAUGAUGCGCGGGAUACUUUCCGAGCGAUUUUAAUAUAAUCGCGGGUAGGUAUUAAAGUUGAAUUGAGUGAUCGCAGGCUUUCUGAUUUUAGUCGCCAUUAAUAGACUUUUUUCACCGAUAACAUGCGUUAGAUAUGAUUAGCGAGCAGCCGAGUAAAAUUUUAUAUGAACAAUAUUUAGGCCAAUGCAGAAAUUGGUGCAGAGAGAAGCAAGUUGACGGGCCGAAGCUGAUCGAGCCAUUAAAGCAGUCGCGUCAUUCAGCUCAUACUUCACUGCAACAUUCUACCUCUAAAUAUACCCACUCUGUUAUUAAAUAAAGGUUUGUGAUAAUUCACUCA